GGUUCUCCCCUUAUCGGCCGGAUUCGAUGAACAGAGAUGAACACGAUAGAAUAAUAGAACCACCUUAUCGGCUUUGAAUAUAUAGAGUCCGUGACAAAUGCGUGUGCUUGUGUACUGUAGCGCACAUGGGAAUAGGUGAAGUGUCGAACAAAACAGAACUGAAAUCGGAAAACAACAGAGACACAUGAAAAGCAUGUGGACUCAAGCGAACUGAACUGUAUUCGAAGCUCCACGCUGGCACACAGAGUGUGCUGAUACAGAAGGAAAAGCGAGAAAAGUACAAGGAAACCCCGAUAAAAGCAAUGGACUUGUGUACAUAACGACGGCCAGCCGCAGUGAAUCUCAAAAGUUACCCCAUAACAGCACAAAUUCAAAAGGUGUUCUAAGAACCAGCCUUAAAAAACGCGGCACAUCUACGGCGAAAAAUGGCGCGAGUUCAGGCCAGCGACUCGUUGAUUCCCCGCCAGGUGUUCGAGGUGCCUCCGGCGGAACCCAAUAACUCCACGGCGGACAGCGGCAGCCAGGGUUCCGGGGUGAAGCUAAAGAAGCAGAUCGGUCUGCUCGAUGGAGUGGCCAUCAUCGUCGGUGUGAUUGUCGGAUCCGGCAUCUUCGUGAGUCCCAAGGGAGUGCUCAGGUUCUCCGGCUCCAUAGGGCAAUCCCUCAUCGUUUGGGUCCUCAGCGGAGUGCUCAGCAUGGUGGGCGCCCUAUGCUACGCGGAAUUGGGCACGAUGAUACCGAAAUCGGGAGGAGAUUACGCCUACAUAGGCACCGCAUUCGGCCCCCUGCCUGCGUUCCUCUAUCUGUGGGUGGCCCUGCUGAUCCUGGUGCCCACGGGCAACGCGAUCACGGCACUGACUUUCGCCCAAUAUCUGCUGAAACCUUUCUGGCCAUCCUGCGAAGCGCCCAUCGAAGCGGUUCAGCUGCUGGCGGCUGCCAUGAUAUGUGUGCUGACGCUUAUCAAUUGCUAUAAUGUGAAGUGGGUUACGCGCGUGACGGACAUCUUUACGGGCACCAAGGUGGUUGCCCUCCUGGUGAUCGUCGGCGCCGGAGUCUGGUGGUUGUUGAAUGGAAACACGGAGCACUGGGAUAAUCCCUUCUCAGGGGGCUUUCAGGAUCCAGGAUACAUAGCACUGGCCUUCUAUAGCGGCCUCUUCUCGUACUCCGGCUGGAACUACUUGAACUUCGUAACGGAGGAGCUCAAGGAUCCUUACCAAAACCUCCCCAAGGCCAUUUGCAUCUCAAUGCCGGUGGUCACGAUCAUCUACAUGAUUACGAACAUUGCCUACUUUUCGGUCCUCUCGCCCGACGAGAUUCUAUCGUCAGAUGCAGUGGCGGUCACCUUCGGAGACAAGAUGCUGGGAUAUCUGUCCUGGAUAAUGCCCUUCGCAGUGGCCUGCUCCACUUUCGGGUCAUUGAAUGGAGCGAUCUUCGCCUCCUCGCGGCUUUUCUUCGUCGGUGCGAGGAAUGGUCACCUGCCGGCUGCCAUUUCGCUGAUUAACGUCAAUUGCCUUACUCCUGUGCCUUCGCUGAUAUUCCUGGGCGCGCUCACCUUGCUGCUGCUGUUCAUCAAGGACAUCUAUGUACUGAUCAACUACGUCAGCUACGUGGAGGCGUUAUUCACGCUGAUCUCGGUAUCCGGACUGCUGUGGAUGCGCUACAAGCAACCCAAGACGGAGCGACCCAUCAAAGUCAGUCUGGCGCUGCCCAUCAUCUACCUGAUCGUCUGCCUGUUCCUGGUGAUCUCCUCCUGCACGCAGACGCCAUAUGUGGUGGGAAUCGGGACGAUCAUUAUACUUUCUGGCAUUCCGGUCUACUAUCUGACCAUCCACAAUCCGGUCAAGUGGCUGGCGGACACUUCGCAGGCGAUCAACCUGUGGUGCUCCAAGUUCUUCAUCUGUAUGCCCAACCAGGAGAAGUUCGACUAGGUUUGCAGGACUCACUUUCGACGACUUAGGGAAGAGAGUGCCUUUUGUGGAUGUAUCGAUCAACGCUACUAUAGAAGGAAAUAUCUUGUAGUUAGGAUAAGUCUCAGUUUACCCAUAAGAUAGGUUAGCAAUGCGAAAUUUUAGAAACCUACGCACAACAUUACAAAAGUGUUAUUGUAAAUAACUCAAAUGCAUUCUGGUGGGGAAGUUCCUGCUCCAAUUAAUAGUAUGCAUAUUUAUUGUAUAUUUCAAUCCCAAAAAUGAGUUCCUCGUCAAAAGCAGAAAUAUGCCUGUUAUACAAAAUGCGAACCAAUUUUUACACACUAUACAAGUAAUUAGUAGCUUAAUCAGUAAGUAAUAAUUAUUAUUGAAGCAACUUUUUGCGAAAUGUAAAAAUCGAAUUUGUUUUGUAUAAGAAAGUUAAUAAUAAACAAUUUAAACUUA